GUAAAUGACGUCACUAUAUAAUGUUCUUGUGACCGAAGAACACCUUUCAACUUGUCGUCUUUCCAAAUAUCGCAAAAUCUAAGCCAAAUAGAGUUGAUAUUUCAGAGUUCUGGGUUUCAACACAAAUUAUGAAUAAGAACCCAUUCGAAGAAGACGAAAAUCCGUUCGCAGAUCCAUCUGUGACAAAGAUCACUGGCACUCAUGCAGGAGCAACUUCAUCUGGGACUACUGGGUUUGAAGACUAUAAUCCAUUUGCAGAUGACAAUGCAAGCAAACCAUCUGAUUAUUCUGAUGUUACCAUACCACCACCACAGCCAUCAGAGCCAGCCGUCAUUGAUGCAAGACCUGAGCAAUCAAAUGCAGCAUAUAGUGCAAUUGCUGCUGAACAAGAAAAUCUUGCAAAAAGACAAGAGGAACUGGAGAAAAGAGCAGUUGAACUUCAGAAGAAGGAAGAAGAAUUGAAAACAAUGAAAUAUCGAGACAGGAAGAACAACUUUCCUCCUUUUCCAAGUUUCUGUCCACUUCAGCCAUGUUUUUUUCAUGACAUCAGUGUUGAUAUACCUCCUGACUUUCAGAGAACCAGUAAAAUGCUUUUCUAUGCAUGGGAAUUUUAUUGUUUCACCAUGCUGUACAAUGUGAUUUGUGCCCUUGCUUACCUCAUUGAGGAUGGUGGAGAUGGAUUAACUACAUUCAUAGUUGCAUUGAUAUUCUUUCUGCUUUUUCUUCCUUGCUCAUUUUGUUUAUGGUAUCGACCAAGUUAUAAUGCUUUCAAGAAUGACAGCUCCUUCAGCUUUAUGGUGUUCUUCUUUAUCUUAUUCUUUCAAAUUAUUUUCAAUGUUCUUGCUUGCUUGGGAAUUGAUAAGAUAGGAUCUUGUGGAUUUAUUAAUGGAUCAAAGUUAAUGGAGAGGAAGACAGCGGGGGAAAAGUUGUGGGAUUAAUGAUGAUUGCCUGUGGUGUCCUUUUUAUCAUUAAUGCAUUGCUUGAGAUAUUCUUACUGAAAAGGGUUCACAGGAUAUAUCGUUCUACUGGAGCUAGUAUCCAAAAAGCUCAAGCUGAAUUUGCUCAAGGUGCCAUGUCAAAUAAAACAGUUCGAAAUGCUGCCAUUUCUGGUGCAACUUCAGCUGUACAAAAUUCUUACUAAAAUUUGCACAAAAGUUUUACUUACAAUAUAUGUGUUGUUAACAUCAUUGAUGCUUGAAAUGUGUCACCAGGAGUGUAUGGCAUGCUUUACAAUAACUUUGUGAUUGAAAGUAGCUCACAAUGAAUUUGAAUUGUCAUCUUAUGUAAGGUAAAAGUGCACUCCAAAAAAAUUAAAACUUCUAUUAAGUCUCAUUUAGUAUUAUUUAUAAUUAUUAUUAUCAUUUAUUAUUAUUUAGUAUCAUACGUAUCUAAAUGAAACUUCAAUGUAAUUACAUUAAUAUUUGUAGAAUGUAUUACAUUAGUGUUUGGUGUUUUGUA